AUGGGCAACGGCACAAGUCCUUGCGAAGUCUGGAUGAUGUCAUUUCACUACGUCGGCUUGAUUUUCAAUUUAGUUUCCGCUUUUCUUUUCACUUUUAUUUCAAUUUGUCUGAUUCACUAUGGAAAGUCCUACCAUAUUAUGUUCAGGUGAGUUUUUAUGAAGGAAAUUGAGAAAUGAGCUCUCGCAGAAACCUAAAACAUUGGUCGCAUGUGGAAUGGCUCGACGCGUGACGGUUGCGUAGCUGUCCGUAAACAUUUUUUUUUUUCCAAGGAAUAGAUAAAAAUUUUAUUGAGUCGGUUUUAGACCUGGUUUCAAUCAAAACGCGUACCGCGAGGUUUAGAGCCAUUUUACUUGCGGUCACGGUUUUCAAAUCUGCCAGAAAAAGACCAUAUUUAAUGGACUGCAAUUAAGUUCAUUUCUAAUCCAUAUUUUUCAAAAUCAAAAAUAAAAUUCACAUCAACAGAACGAUAUUUUUCCUUCUUCUUGCGACUUACGUUUUCUGCGAUAUUUUCCGCUUUUUAUUGGAAAGUUCACUAUUCUAUCCGUACAAAUCCUUCACAAACUUUCUCAACAUUGGCAACGAAUUUUUCUACAUGUUUGCCUCGCCUCAAGGUACCGCUUUUCAUUGGAAUGGCGAAAAGCCGAUUAAUAAUGGGCUAUUCAAUUCUUUAUCCUCGUUUAGGAAAACUUGAUAGCAGUUAACCCCGAAAGUAUGUCCAUAAAUUGCCACAAAGAGCAGAAAAAAAGUUUUUGAGUUUACUAGAUUUACCACUAUCUUCUGACCAAGCUCAAAAGAUCAGUAAACGUGGGACAAAAGUUCUUGAAAAAAAUAAUAAGAAAAGCUGCUUUUGAAAGGCUCUUACAGUUACCUGAGUUUUUAUUUUUCUUUAAGAAGCUUCUGUUUAGACUACUUUAAAAUAUUCUUUUUCAGUUGUACUAGUGCUUCUGGAAAGAUUCUACGCAACGUGCCGAGUUCGAACUUAUGAAUUUUCGAGGCCUUGGAGUAUUCUCAUCGUUUGUCAAGUUUUAGGGGUAUGUACAUUUCAGCUUUUAAAAAGGUUUCAGUGAUUUUUUGGAUCAAUUAUGAAUUUUUAAACUGGCGAAAUAGUGCAAACUUGAGUUUUCAGGUGAUAAUCUCCCUCAUACACGUCCAUUUGCAACUCGACGGCAAUGCGGAUACGGCCAAAAAAUCAAGAAGUCAAGUCGUGCUUUGCUUGGCUUCACUUCUAAUUGUUGUGGUCUGAAAAAGAAGUUCGCAGCCCUUAUAUUAGCGUUGAUUUCAGUUGCUCACCUGGCUAUUAUUAGCAAACAGACGAUUAUCUUUGAAUGCAAGAGCGAAGGCCUCGCUUACUCAUAGGUACCAGUUGAAUGAGAACAUCAAAGCGUUGAGGUUGGUAAAACUACAAAGAUAAACUGUAUUGAACAUCUUUGGACUGAAGAAAAGUUCAAUAAAGGAAAGUGUGAUCAAAGACAAAAUGAAGCAUGAAAAUGAAAUUGUACUUUUGAUAAAUUUUAAAAAGCGAUUUGAGCUGAAUGCGUGCACUAAAAACUCAAAAAAAGAAACUUUGAAAUUUUUAUUGCGAAAAAAAGAAAUGGAAUGAAAAAAACCUGAAAUUUAAUAUAAAUUGCAGUAUUUAGUAAUGAAUUUUUAAAUAGGUAGUUCUCACAGCGGAGAAUCUAACGAAAAAAAGUAGUAAAUUUCUUAAUUGAAAUAAAACAUUCUACAUAAGAAGAAAAAAAUUUGAAAAAAAAAAUAUUCAAAAAUUUUUAAAAAUGAUUAUUUUUUUGUCAAGAGAGCAGAUUUUCCGCGAAAUGCGUUUUGCGCGGGAAUUAAAAUUUUUAGGUAAACUCAAAAAAAUUUUCUUUUCUAUGAUUUUAGAGAAAUGGAUCGCGUUCUCUUCCAAGGCUAAGGCUAUUAACGCAAAAAAAAGAAAUUUUCAAAAAAGAGUUUCGUGCAAUUUAAAGUUUACUAUUCGACAAACAGUACAGAUGAAUCAAUUAUACGUCUCUUGGAAUCGAAGUCACAUUCUACGGUUAUUCUGGCUUCAAAUUUGGCAGAUAGCCUAGAAUUUUUUGCGUUCAAUGAUUCACGAUCUUUUUAGAAUGCUCGUCCCUGUAGUCGUUCUGGACAGUGCAAUAUCCGUGAACGACGUUUUGGCCUACGUCCUUUUCGACGUCGACGCGAUGUUCUCUGUCGAACAAUGCCAGCGGCGAUCUUAUUAUACUCCAGCCCUAUGUAUUUUUCGGCUUGUGAGUCCAAAUUUCCCAGCUCAUAAAUUACGAGCUUUCCAGUUUUCAAUGGCAUUCGAAAUCUGCAUCCCAAUCUUCGUUCUUCGUCACUAUUCCAACUUCUUGCGGGACCUUCGAGCCUACACCUUCCGAUCAAAGAGAAAACGAUCCUUUGUUGGGCCCAGCCAUAACAACGUCUUGAAAGUAGGAAACGCUGUUCUUGCAAAAAAAGAAACGUAUUUCAGAUCAAAAACGUCCUUGGAAUGGACAUCGUCGGCCUGAACGACAACGCCGAUUAUUUUGAUGUUCUUCAAAGGACGUGGAUGAAAAAGUUCUAG